AUGGCACCAGCUAAGCAAGCGGUUAUCUGCGUCUUCUGCGGCGCCACACCAGGAAAUGACCCAAUCCACCUCGAAGCCGCCCGAACGCUCGCCCAAGAAUUCCACAAGCACAACGUCCAGCUAGUCUACGGUGGCGGCACAACAGGACUAAUGGGCGAGGUUGCCCGCACACUCGUCGCACUCUCAGGCCCGCAAGCAGUUCACGGCGUGAUCCCCCGCGCGCUCGUGCGGGUCUCCACGAAGAGCAACGGCAACGGCGCAGCAACUCCGAACGGGGAGAGCGCCAACGGCGACGGUGGCGGCAAGGCCGCUGAGCGGGUAGUCUCGGAGUCAGAGCAGGCGGAUGGAAUCCCCGAAUCAGAGUACGGAGUCACCACAAUCGUACCGGACAUGCACACUCGCAAGCGGUUGAUGGCGACCAAGGUGCUGGAGGGAGGGCCUGGGUCCGGGUUUGUUUCGCUGGCGGGUGGGUUUGGAACAAUCGAGGAGGUGAUGGAGAUGACUACAUGGAACCAGCUUGGAAUUCACAAGGUGGGUGUUGUGCUACUUAAUAUCAAUGGGUACUGGGAUGGUGUACUGGCUUGGGUACGGAAUGCGGUCGAACAAGGCUUCAUCAGUCCUGAGAAUGGUAACAUUCUUGCUGAGACGAAGGAUGCCAAGGAGGUUUGGAACAAACUGUUGGAAUAUCAGAUUAGCAGUCAACGCAUGCAGUUGAACUGGGGUGAAGAGUAG